AAGCAGCUAGCAGCUCUCAGCUGCUCGCAGUCUUGGUUCGCUCCUCAAGCGGCUGAGACCGCAUUGGAACUUUUCUCAAACUUUCCCUUUCUCCUCUCCAUGAAGAUGUCCUAACUUGGGAAGAGCCUCUGCUGGCCAGAGAUCGGGCUCGACUCUUCUGCCUGAUGGGAGACGGCGGCAGCGGAAGUCCAAGUCCAGCCAAAUUCGGACCCUCAUCCAAGAUGGCUGCCCGUGGUCGUCUUCUUCUCCGCCUGACGAGACCUGAGCAGAUUGCCGCGUUACCAUGGUGAUCAUUUUCUCCAAAAGCCUGGAAAAGAAGAAGGGUGUCAAUGAUGUAAGGCCCAAGAGCACCGAAAGACGGCCGCGUGAGCUCCACACCAUGAGCAGAGGGACGACCCUCUUCUCUUGUGGAACUGCUGAGGCAGACAGAUGGCUGAACCCGGGUCGAAGCUUCCAGUCGGGCACCAGCCUGGAGAGCCUAUGGGAUGUGAUGCCCGAGCCGGGCAGCCGCCCCUGGGCCAAGGAACCGGGCCCCGCCACCGCCAUCACCAGCCUGAUAAGAGAUCUCAACCUGGGUGAUGCCACCAUGACCAAAGCCCACACCACCACCUCUUCUGCCACUUCACACUACACCACUACCGCCGCCGCCGCCAGCCAAGCCCCCGCGGCGCCCCCCAGCAAGCGGCAGUGUCGCUCUUUGUCCUUCUCAGACGAAUUUGGCGGCUUUCGCUCUUCGUGGCGGCCUCAGGGCUCUCGAGUGUGGACGGCGGUGGAGAAACGGAGGUGCCACAGCGGCGGGAGCGUCCGUGCUGGUGGCGGAGGGUUCUCCGGCGGCCAGUUCCCCAUCAUGCAGCGUAGCUCCAGCUUCACUUUUCCUUCACGCACCAGCAACCCCACGGACGGACCUUUGGACCUGCCUUUCUUCAGCCAGCGACUGCCUGUCCACCCUCACUUCACUGCCUCCCCGGUGUCCCCCAUUUCUCCACCUUCGCACCCACCGCAGUCCUCCCACCUCCUCAGACCCCUCUCCCUCUCCCACGAGAGGAUCAGCCUUCCCGAACUCCAGAGGGAAGAAGCUUCAGAGUCCAGCUCUCCGGACUCCACCCCAGAACUGGGGCGGCGGUCCGUCCAGAGAAGCGAUGGGAAGGGGUGCCUCUCCCGGAGCAGGUCUCAGCCUUGUGUGCUGAAUGACAAGAAGAUCGGAAUGAAGCGGAGGAGACCGGAGGACGCCCAGGAGCAGCGGCCCUCCUUGGACUUGGCCAAGAUGACUCAGCAACUUCAGACUUUCCAGAGCUUGAGUUGCCCCGGCUUUUCAAUCUUUGACAGCUGCCAAUCAAGCCUGCCCGUAUCGAACCCGCCCACCGGCCGACUGGACUCGGAAUUCACCGCCGUCUCCGAGCUGGGACGCGGACCCCGACAGGACGCAAUGGUCGACGAGGAGGAUUCUUCCGAUGAGGAACUGGACAGCGACUCGGCUUGUAGCGUGGGCUCGCCACCCGGGUCCCCCGUGAAGGGCAAAGUCGCCCUCUGGAAGGGCGACUGCAGCGCCACGAGGGACAUUUUCCAGCUCGGAGGAGAGCUGGAUCUUGAGCAGAUUGAAAGAAAUUGAACAUGUUUGUGGAGAUUCCGAAAGACUAUAUCCGGAUUGGACACGGAAGAGAAGAAUUUGAAAGGGAAAGACGUUGGAAAGACAAUGAAAGCAACUUCCAAAGGAUCAAGUACGUGCCUUGAACAUUCUGACUAUCUGAAUCAACAAACUUUAGUUCUUUUUAUCGGGAUUUGCUCAGGAGUGUAAACAUGAGGGUUAGUCUUAAAAAAAAAAAUAUUCCCCGCCGUCUUCCGAAGUGGUCAGCCUGUCCAGAGUCACCUUAGCUUGUUGUCUUUUUUUUUUUUAUUAUUGCUCAAGGUGGGCACAGGAAGUACGCUGUCAAAAAGCGACCGUUGACCUUAUUCUCUGACUUUGCUGAAUGUAGACUCGAUAAGCUUUAAAGACGUUGUCUGGGUUCACACGGACAUCGGUGGUGCGGCGUUCAACCCAACGGCCUUAACCUGGACGCCAUCGUAGUCCUAGCACAGACAGUACUUCUCAACAAUGUCGAUAUAGUUCGAUAUACGGUGCGCGUAUCCCUCACAUUUCCGCAGACGUUGCAUUAUAUCUUCUCAAGGGACAACACUAAAUAAAAAUAAUAAUAAUAAUAAUAACCUUGUAUAAAAGAAUAUUCAGUCGGGUUCAAGUCCGGAGGAGCUUCCUUAGCAAAGCCUGGUGGUGUGUUUAGGGUCCUUACGUCGGGAAACUGCCCUGUGGCCCAAUGAUGCUGUGGACUUCGCUAGAAAUAAAGGCUUGAUACGGGUAAUGUUGAAAGUCGCAUUUUAAUUAGCAUUUAAUUAGCAUUUAAUUAGCAUCCAUAUUUAAAUAUUGAUAUUGGGCCAAUAUCAGGCAUAAAGUAUAUUUGAGUAUAUUUGAGCUAUUGGAAGACAAGCAGCAUAGAAAACAGUGUACAGCGCCGCAAUACUGUCUCCGUCCACCAGAGGAGCACGAAAACCAGAGGGAAGCUGACGUCAUUGCAGCACCCCAAUGAAUACAUUGCCCAGAUGCAAUGUAAUAUGGAAUAUAUGCUUUUAAAAUAUGUCAAAUUUUUUUGAAUUUUCCCUCAACAAACCGCAACUCCCUGGUAUUGGCAGCACUCAUGCAGCCCCAGACUAUGACCCUACCACCACUAGUAGUAUUGUAUAUACUUUCUAUAGUAUUAUCCCUUGACAAAAUCACUGAAUCUGCUGAAAUGUGAGGGUUGUACCUAUUGUGACAUUUAUGGAGAAUUAGUAAGCACACCAUGAGAAUAUGAAAAAAAUAUUCCAUAAUCGACAUAAGCUAAACGGCUGGAUUAUUGCUGUCCAUGUAAGCAUAGGCAAAUUCUCCUCACAUGCAGCCGCCCUCUUUUUUUUUUUCUAGGUUCUUCAUAUGCAUUUGUAUAUUUGAAUUAAAAACACAGACUCUCUGAAAUUAUUAGUUUCGACAUGAUAAUGUUUAUUUUUCUAAGUGACUUUUUUUUUUGUAAUGGAGCUGUUUGUGGAGCGAGAGCGCGAGGGAUUUCUUCUUACGAACGGACAUGAAAAUAAACCCCCAUUCCCGA